AUGAGUGACGGAAAUGAUGGUCAGGAACCUCGGUCAGGUUGGCAUCACGAUUCUGCCGAUGGCGACGCUGAAUCUCUGAGAAAAUCUUCUUUGCCAUCGGUUCGGGGUGAUGGUUCUCCGGCUAGUUCAACGAUCACCAACCAAGCCGUCCACUCAGCCAGUGCCUCAUUUGCGCCUGAAAGAAGUGCUUCUAAUGGUACCGUUCCAGUGGACUUGGUUUCGGAUGGCGCCAGUGAGCAGGCUCUUGGCUUCAACUCAUCGGCUAUGUCAACGAAGCAGCGCCCUCGAAGAUGGGAAGCAAAUAGCAGUCGAGGGUCCUCUCCAUUCCGACCACGAAGCUCAAAAGCGAUCGGAAAGAAAACGAAGAGCCGUAGUUCGCCCGGCAGAGUCGCAACUCUACCACCGUUCGCGGCCCACGACUCAAAUGCGCCGCGCGGUGACCGCACUCCGCCUUCGCAACUCCAGUCAGAACGAUUUCAUCUCAGUCCAACUUCAUCUGACGAACUAUCGCUGACGCGGAGCGCCAGCCCGGAAGAGGCGGCCUUGACCCAGCGGUCACGUGAGUCGUCGGAGGACAUCAGCUAUGGCCGAGAAUCCGCGAGACAGUUAAGCGAGGAGCAGAGUCAUGUGGGAAUUGGCACUGAAACAACUGGAGAAGAGAAUCGGAUCAAUGAUAUCCGAGCAACUUAUUCUGGUCUAGAAAUGUGCGAGAAUAGCGUCAUAGCAUAUGACAAGCAACUCCUCGCCAUGGAUACUUUGGCCACGCACCUCCAACUUCAAGUGAUCACUGACCUGCAUUGGACGCUAAUGAAAGAGCACCAUGAUUUCUUCUUGGCCUGCGCAAAUCCCCAAGCAAGCCCAAGUGUGAAAAGCCUUCCCGAAACAUACAUGAUGCCAACUCGCUUGUGGCGCCACGGAAUUCAUGACUACCUGGAGAUGAUGCGUCAUCAUCUCCCGCACUCCCUUGAGCACAUGUUGUCUUUCAUUCACCUCGCCUAUAGCAUGAUAACAACUUUGUUACUGGAAGCGCCUGCAUACGAAGAGACCUGGAUGGAAUGUCUAGGAGAUAUCUCAAGGUACCGAAUGGCCACGCGAACUGCUGACAUGCAGGAAUCCGAAUUGUGGGCUGGCGUUGCAAUGACUUGGUACAAUCGAGCAGCUGACCGGAACCCGGACAUGGGUAAAUUCCAACACCAUCUGGGAGUCUUGGCUCGACAUGAUGUCACACAGAAACUCUUCUAUUACACAAAAUCUCUCCUCGUCGGGCAGCCUUAUCUAGACACGGAGACAAGUGUUCUCGACAUCUUCAAUCCGUUUUUGAAAGACUCUAAAGCGAUGCACCGUUUUCCACCGAUCAGUGCAUUCAUUGCUGCGCACGCGUUCCUUUUCACCGGAGACGUGAACGACGACGUCCACGAUGCCGUUAAUACCUUUUUAUCGCACUUGGAUCAGUACGUGGUUCAUCUCGGAGAGACAUUCAUCUUGCAAGGUUUCUUCAUCUCAGCUUGUAAUCUAGCGGCCGUCCUGGAAUACGGGAACGAGGAUGCACUUCUAUCACUUGAACUCGAUGAAUCAAAUGAAAGCAAACCAGUAUCCGUUCAAGACUGGAUUGCAUCGGCCGCUUCUCGUUGGACUUUGCCGGAUGACCUUGAGGCGGUGCAGAACGAGUUGCUCGCCUCCAGAGACUCGCCGGAUCUGUCCCCGACAUUUUUCUACGGCUCUUAUAUGGCGUAUCAGACAAUGUCGGUGCUCCUCGAUCGGAUUGGCGACAAGAAUAUCUACGCCGCAUGCCAUGUCUACCUCGCGUUUCUGUGGUGCCUCGCGUUGACCCCCACAGGGAUGAAGCAUAUGGAGGCUGUCAUCCCGUGGAGGAAAAUCUCUGAAUUUCUCAAUUCUUUGUUUCGCAGCUACAUCAAACCGCACAUCGCGGAAAGGUCUGAGUUUCCGGUGUCUGAGGAAACCACCUGGGUGGCCGAGGAUUUUCUCAUCAGAGGACAGUGUUGGGCCCAACGCUUCUAUCCCCCAUCGUUCUUUGACGGUGCGCCUACUGUAGACUACGGGAGGCAUGUUGAGCGGCCAUCUCGUGAUAUAACGAGAAUGUAUAGAUGCCUCUGGCUGGGCAUAAGGCUUUCCGGGUUCAACCGUUGGAUUACGUAUGACUCUGAGACUCGAAAAUUCUCCACGACUCGCUUUGCUCUGGACCUCGAAGAGAUCGCCGAGAAACACAAUCCUUUUGCAACACAAACAAGCAAAGGAAAGCAACCAUCGCAGCGUGCGAAGGUGCCCUAG